AUGACCCUUCUUUAUCAAGUCGCAAAGACCUUGAGGAUCGGUACGGACAAGGUCCUGGCGGUUCGCACACUCUGGUAUGACAAGCAGGAGUUGUACGAGACCAACGGGAAGGGGCGAGGCAAGGCCAACAGCGUCGACGACGGGCGACGUGUCAUCACCAAGGAGACAGAGGAUGGACUGAACGAGUUCAUCAAGGGCGAGCACGAGGCGGGACGUCAGGUCUUCCGCCGUACCGUCAAGGAUUACUUGGAGUGUUCGUUCGGAUUAGAGAUGUCGAAUCGUGCCGUGGGAGGGUUGCUGCAGCGCCUUGGCUUCAAGCGCCGUAGGGGUAGGAUCAAAAUACCCCCGUUGAACGAGGAGAGGAAAAACCGCAUCCGCCUCUUCCUUGUUAAGAUGGACCUCGCGAAGAGGGCCGAGGACGCUGGGGUCGCAGUCAUUGUGUACAUGGAUGAGAGCUUUGUUCACCAGGCGCAUGGUUCCGCGUACUCGUACUUUCCUUCUGACGAUAAGGGGGUUGUGCAGGAUGGGAUAGGCCGUACAACGGGGAAAGGUUUGCGUAUGAUCAUGGUGCAUGCGAUCACGAAGCACGGGCCCUUGGCCGAGCUACAGGAGGGAUUUCCUAUCCGUGAGGGUUGGUUCAAGGCUAAGGAAAAUCAUGAGCAGACAGCAAAAUUUCUGUGGCAGGCCAAGUUGGCAACUGGAGAAUAUCAUGACGCCAUGACGGAUGGGACGUUCAUGCAGUGGUUGAAGCACCGACUUACCCCGGCCUUCGAUGCGCAGUUCAAGAACAAGAAGAUGUUUCUCGUUCUCGAUAACGCCUCAUACCACCACUGCUUUGACGAGGAGCUCAAGGUGCCCGAAACCAACAGUAAGAAGUACAACGUCGAACUCUUGCGGAAGUACGGUUACACGGCGUUCGAGGUGACACGUGAGUCGGAGGGUAUGGCUGCUGAGUACAACUUUGAGGUGCCGGCGGAGGGGUCGUUACCCAAUGCGAACCGCAAGAACGGCGUUAGCAAAGAAGAGAUAGCCUCCGUCACUCGGACGUACUUCAAAAAGAAUUUCCCCCAAAAGCUCGAGGAAAAGGCUGAGACGUACAUGAGGGAGAAGGGGUGGGGGUUAAUUUGGACACCGCCGUACAUGCCGACUUUCCAGCCGAUCGAGCUGUUCUGGCAGCACGGCAAGCAUUACGUGAGCAUUCAUUUUGAGAAGGGGCGGAAUAUGUUGGAAGCUGCCGCUGCUGCUGCUGCUGCUGCUGCUGCGGGGAAGGGGAAGCGCAAGGGGGUGGACGCAGCUCUCUCCGACCCUCUCGCAUUGGCUCACGAUGGCGGGACGAGAAGCGGGGCUACCCCAGAGGUUUUGCGCGAGGAGCAGGGUUCGGAGGAGCGUCGCUCUAGCGCGCUGGAGUUGACCCAGAAGGACCACGUAUUGAUGGAGCGAGUACGGGUCAUGCUGGGGGCGAGCGCUGCAGACCAGGCAGCAGCUAAGGAGGCGGCGGUCAACGCGGCGAACACUCGCGCGCUCCGUGCCUCGCUCCAAGCGCUGAAGCGGCACAGCAACAGCUCGAUAGGGUGGACCGCGUACACGACAGCGCUCGCCACAGCAGCGGGAGCGGGGGAGCACACGUGUCCUGACCCCAACCUGUGCCCCCCUGGCAACCGGUGCAAGCCCGCUGAGCCUGGUGGAGUGAGCUUUGCCGAGCGAGCCAAGAGUCUCGGCAUUCGGUACGAGACUUUCAGCGACGCACGUGUGCGGAUGCACAACACGAACCACGACAUCGCCCCCAGGGACGCUGUGAGUGACGGGUGCUACGUGUAUAACGAGCGCAAGACACGGAGUGACGUGACGAAUCCCGAGGUAAUGGCUCUCGCCAAGGCUUUUUGGCACUCCGACGACGUUUCCCGUGCAACAGGAAAUUCAGGCAAGUUGCUGCGUCGCGCACGAGUUUCUGCUAGGCUACGCCGCGGAGGCGGACAAGGCGCGUGAAGGCCACUUCACAACCUGGUCCCCUUACCGGAUCAAGAGCUUCGAAGUCAGGAAGUUUGGCCCCAAGGAAUUCCUCGCCCACCGAUAGAUCUGACGGGGAUCCCUGGAAGUUCCAAGCUAUACUUUUUCACGGGAACAGAGGAGGAGCAGGAGGAUGUGCAGGAUACCUGUAGUCUUGUGUGGGCUACAAGUGUGGGGGUGCAGACAGACGAUUCUGGGGUGGAAGCGGCCGGAGGUAAGGUGUUGACGGCUAGGAAGUGGGUGGUAGACGAGUCCAGGGCGAGGAAAUGGACCGCCCCCAAGAACUUCACCAGAUCUUGGAAGUUGCGGGUUCGGGGCGCAUCGUGCUACUGCUCGACUUGCCGAGUAGGCUGCUACGAUUACUGCAUGGUAGCGAAGGUGUACCCCGACUUGGUUGUCAAGGUGAUCGAGAAGUCGGGAAAGGAGAAGGUUGGGAGACGCACGUUUGGGACUCAAUUGACCGGCGGUAUUGUUCCGGUGAUAUCUUCGGACGAGUCUCCUGUGGCGCCUACUCCCAACCCCAUGCCUAGGAGGAGGAAGAGGAUGAGGAGGAGGACGGGGAGGAGGGGGAGGACGGGGAGGAGGAG